CACCCCCACCUCAUCACUGCAAAACUCUACCUGUACUCUACGAGAAAAAACAUAACAAAGAUAGCAAAGAAAGAGUGAGACUCACGCCUCUUCUCUCCUACUCUCCCCCAUCUCCCUAAAUUCCCUUCUCCCCUUUCUCAAUUCCUCUUCUUGUUUUAGGGCUAGGGUUCUCAAAGAGUUUUGACAUUUUGUUUAUUUGUGGGUUGGGUUGGGUUUGAAGAGAGUGAUCAUCAAUUCGGCCAAGUGAUCAUCAAUGGCGGCGGCGAAUCGACCGAAUGCGGCGGCGGCGGUGAGGUCUGGGUUGAGGAAACCGGUGUUCGUUAAGGUGGAGGAUCUGAAGCCGGGGACAAGUGGCCAUACUCUGACCGUCAAAGUUGUUGAGUCCACUAUGGUGCUGCAGAAAGGCGGCGCCGUCUCUGCCAGCCUCCGUAACACCCGCAUUGCUGAAUGCCUCGUCGGCGACGAAACCGCCACCGUCCUUUUCACCGCUCGCAACGAUCAAGGUCUAAUAACCCUACCCCUGCGCUUCCCUUUUCUUGUUGAUCUGAUGAAAGCUGGCAAUACUGUCAUCCUGAGGAAUGCGAAGAUUGACAUGUUCAAAGGAUGCAUGAGGCUAGCUGUUGACAAAUGGGGUCGUAUCGAGGUCACUGAGCCUGCUGCAUUUGAAGUGAAGAUGGACAACAAUCUCUCGCUUGUGGAGUACGAGCUGGUCAAUGUUCCUGCUGAAGAUUAGGGGUUUCUAUGUUUUAUGGUCUCAAGAUUCAGAAUGUGAAUGUAAGAUAUAAAACAUGGUUAAGUUAUGAAUAGCGUAAGGAAGUCAGCAUCGGUUCCAGGGUGUAGCAGUUGUUGCAAACUGGCCCUAAGUUUCUGGAAACCUAAGUUAAAGACCUAUAUAUAUAAGGCUAUCAAAAGCUGGGAAUAGUAGAUUCCUUGGAACUUUUAUAUGUGGAUAUAUGGUAGAAGAAGUGCCCUGGUUCGAAUUUUACCCUGCAUUUAGCUGUG